CUCCCGGUCACCGCGACUCACAGCUGCACCAAGACACUCCUUCAGCUCCAACAGAUUUUUAAAAAACUAUUUUCAAAUAGUUAGAAUUGACUUUAUAAAGACUAUUUUGUACAGUAAAACAUUACAAGACUGACACAUUUUGCAACUAAAUAGCAACGUUAUUAUUAAAUGUUUGAUUUAUUCUCCGUGUAUUUUUAAUCUUCUCUUCGGGCACCAUGAGACCGUUUCCAGCUGCAUCCUUGGUCCUUCUCUCGGUGAUUAGUUACAGCUCCUCUGAAAACACCAGUAACCCGGUUCCACACCGAGGCUGUGGGUUACAGCUGCUGCCUCACUAUGUGAACCUGUGCAGCCUGGAUGUUAUCUGGGGUAUCGUUGUAGAGGCAGUGGCCGGCGCUGGAGUACUGACUGCAUUCCUCCUGAUGCUGAUUCUGUUGGUGAAGCUGCCGUUCAUUAAAGACAAGGAGAAGAAGAAUCCUCUGGGAAUCCAGUUCCUGUUCUUAUUUGGCACGCUCGGCCUGUUUGGACUGUCGUUUGCAUUUAUUAUCCCGGAGGAUGGGAGAACGUGCCCCACCAGGAGGUUUUUGUGGGGAGUUCUGUUCGCCCUGUGCUUUUCCUGUCUCCUGGCCCAGGCCUGGAGGCUGCGCCAGUUGGUUUCCCAUGGCCAGGGGCCAUCAGGUUGGCUGUUGGCUGGGAUUGCGGUCUGCCUGAUGUUGGUCCAGGUGAUCAUUGCAGUGGAGUGGCUGAUCCUGACUAUAGUCCGGGACCGUCAGGCUGCCUGUCAAUAUCAGCAGAUGGACUUUGUAAUGGCAUCGAUUUACGUGAUGUUCCUGAUGGCUGUAACUCUGCUACUCUCCUCCUUUAGCUUGUGUGGAAAAUACAAGAAAUGGAAGAAGAAUGGAGCCUGUGUGCUGGUCACUGUCAGCUUGUCCAUCCUGAUCUGGGUAGCGUGGAUUGUCAUGUAUCUGUACGGUAACAAGGAACUGAAGAAGCAGCCCCUGUGGGAUGACCCGUCCCUCUCCAUCGCCCUGGUCUCUAAUGGCUGGGUAUUUCUCCUGUUCCACGCUAUCCCCGAGCUCUAUUGCUCCAUUGUCCCAACCAAACAAGCCCCUCCUGACUACUUUGAUGCAGUUCAGCCAAGAAUCCGGGAGACUAACUUCGAAGAAGAAUUGCAACUUCCUCGCAGUUACAUGGAAAAUAAAGCUUUCUCUUUGGAUGAGUCUGGGGCAGCUUUUAAAUCAGGAUUUCGCAAUGGUAGUCUGGGUCAUAGACCCAAUAUUCAACUUCGCAGUAAUGUCUAUCAACCCACUGAAAUGGCAGUUGUUCUUAAUGGUGGAAACAUACCAUCAGCCCCUCCAAGCUAUGCAGGAAGACACCUUUGGUGAAAGCUAAACCAUUUAAGUUAUGAGCAAACUCCAUCAAUUCAGAUGGUGAAGACGGUGGUAGCAACACAAGUAGGAGCAGAUGGAAGCCCAGGCAAUUGGGAAUUUAUUCUAAUGUGAUCUUUUAUAGGAUGUACAGCAAAGCUUAUAUCUUUACAUGAAAUCAGCCUCCAAAUGAAGAGGAGAACCUUUGCAGCUCUGGAGUAUUUUUGUGUUGAUGUGUGUAUAUAUAUAGGGAUUAUAUUACAUUAAUAAACUGGCUGUGUGUAACUUUCAA